AUGCAGGGCUCAAGCAUCACAGGCAGCACGGCAUGCGUGGAAGGGCAGGUGCCACUGCCUGAGGACUCUGAGCUUCGCAAGGUGCUCCCACAGUGCAGUCCUGAGAGAUUCUCCAGGGGCCCAGAUGCCCUUGAGAAGCAGCGAAACAAGAGACAGUGCCUCGGCCUUAGGACAAAGAGACUCAUGGAGCCAUUGCCAGCCUCAGAGUCAGAGCGGGGCCAGCCCGGAGGUCCCGGCACCACGAGCCCCCUCAGAUUCCCGGAGCAGUCCGCUGAGAGAAGCUCAAGGAAAGCAAGAUGGAAGCCCACGGCCAAAGAUGCUUUCAAAGACAUUUCCAUAUACUUCUCCAAGGAAGAAUGGACAGAGAUGGGAGACUGGGAGAAAAUCCGAUACAGGAAUGUGAAAAGGAACUAUGAAGUGCUGAUGACUAUAGGUCUCAGAGCCCCUCGACCAGCUUUCAUGUGUCACCGCAGGCAGGCCAUCAAACCCCAAGUAGAUGACACUGAGGAUUCCGAUGAAGAAUGGACACCAAGGCAGCAAGUCAAACCUUCUUGGGUGGCAUCCAGAGUGGAUCAGAAUAAACAACACAAGGGAACCCACAGAGUGCCAUUAAGUAAGGAAUCUAGUUUGAAGGAAUUCUCAGAAACAGCAAAGUUGCUGAACACAAGUGGCUCAGAGCAGGGCCAGAAACCAGUGUCCCUUCCUGGAGAAGCAAGUACCUCUGGACAUCACUCUAGACGAAAAUUGGAGCUCAGGAGAAAGGAGAUUGGAGUGAAGAUGUAUAGUCUACGAGAAAGAAAGGGCUUUGCAUACCAAGAGGUCAGCGAGCCCCAGGAUGAUGACUACCUCUAUUGUGAGAAGUGUCAGAAUUUCUUCAUUGACAGUUGCGCUGUUCAUGGGCCCCCUACGUUCGUAAAGGACAAUGCAGUGGGCAAGGGGCAUCCCAACCGCUCAGCCCUCACUCUGCCCCCUGGUCUGAGAAUCAGACCAUCGAGCAUCCCUGAGGCUGGGCUUGGAGUAUGGAAUGAAGCAUCUGAUCUGCCACUGGGUACACACUUUGGCCCCUAUGAGGGCCAGAUCACCGAAGACGAAGAGGCAGCCAACAGUGGAUACUCCUGGCUGAUCACCAAAGGGAGAAACUGCUACGAGUAUGUGGAUGGAAAGGAUAACUCUUGGGCCAACUGGAUGAGGUAUGUGAACUGUGCCAGGGACGAUGAGGAGCAGAACCUGGUGGCCUUUCAGUAUCACAGGCAGAUCUUCUACCGAACCUGCCGGGUCAUCAGGCCAGGCUGUGAACUGCUAGUCUGGUACGGGGACGAGUACGGCCAGGAGCUGGGCAUCAAGUGGGGAAGCAAGUGGAAGAGCGAGCUCUCAACAGGGAAAGGAAAAAUAAAGGAAAACUUGGUGGGAGACAGAUCUUGCAUUGUCAACACAAUAAAAAUGAGUAGUGGGGCAGGCCUUACCAGGAGACAAAGCAUACAACGCAACAUCUACCUGACCAAAAAUUUCCUCUUUCAGCAGAACCACAGCCAGACAUCCAUCGAUGUCCCUCCUGCUCGCUGGCCUUCUCCAGUCAGAAAUUCCUCAGCCAACAUGUGGAAUGCAAACACUCUUCUCAGAGCCUCCCACAAAUAUCUGCAAGAAAACAUUUCCAACCAGAGAAUCCCUGCCCAGGUGAUCAGAAUCAGCAGCAGCAGCAACAUUCUGAUCCACACAGCUGGAAUGACAAAGCAAAAUGUCAAGAGGUCAAAGAAAGGUCCAGACCUUUGCUUAAAAGUAUAA